AUCCAUCACUUAGUCCCGCCCACGCCAGGAGGGUUCGGUUGAGCCGCUGUUUGUGCUCUCGGGGGCCGCGACGGGAGGGCCGGGCCGGGCCGGGCGGAGAGGACAGCUGAGCGGAUCAGAGACCAGCACCCUGCACCCAGCCCCUGCCCCGCGCGGCCGCCUCGGUGCCUUCCCGGCUCUCCGGUUAGCAGGGCGCGCGGCGCCAGCAGCACCCAGGCCAUGACCAGCCGAGGAGCCGCCAGGCCGAACGGGCAGUCCCAAGCCAGUAAAAUCUGUCAGUUCAAGCUGGUGCUACUGGGCGAGUCAGCGGUGGGGAAAUCCAGCCUGGUGCUGCGCUUCGUCAAGGGCCAGUUCCACGAGUACCAGGAGAGCACCAUCGGCGCGGCGUUCCUUACACAGUCCGUCUGCCUGGAUGACACAACAGUAAAGUUCGAGAUCUGGGAUACGGCUGGCCAGGAGAGAUACCACAGUCUGGCCCCGAUGUACUACCGGGGGGCGCAAGCUGCCAUCGUGGUCUAUGAUAUCACCAACCAGGAAACGUUUGCACGGGCGAAGACAUGGGUGAAGGAGCUGCAGAGACAAGCCAGCCCCAGCAUCGUGAUCGCCCUCGCGGGCAACAAGGCUGACCUGGCCAGCAAACGCAUGGUGGAAUAUGAAGAGGCGCAGGCCUACGCAGAUGACAACAGCCUAUUGUUCAUGGAGACGUCGGCCAAGACAGCAAUGAAUGUGAACGACCUCUUCUUGGCCAUUGCCAAGAAGCUGCCAAAGAGCGAGCCCCAGAGCACGAGCGGAGUGGCGGGCAGGAGCAGAGGUGUGGACCUGCACGAGCAGAGCCAGCAGAACAAGAGCCAGUGUUGUAGCAACUAAAGGGCGGCCUCCGCCAGCGCCCGCGCGAGAGGAAGAGCUAAGAUAUAACCUCCCUCCCCGUCCAGCACACCUCACCUCCAUAACGGCACACCGAGAAACCCGUCUGAACCAAAACCCUCCCGAGAGCUCCCUCUAACUGCACUUUUUAAUGCUUCAGAACCACCACCAGACACCCAUUACCACCAUCCCGAAGGCAGUGGAACUAGAUCAGCCGGGGACUUAACUUCCAAAAAAAACAAACUCUUCUUCACUUUGUAUUAUAGGUGCAAAUAGCGACCUAAUAUUCUGAUUCCUCCCUUCAUCUUCCUCCCUCUCCCACCUCCCUCUCUGCUUUGGUAAAUCUCUGUUCCCGUUAAAGUCUCUCCUCCCACCCUCCCCGUAGAGCUGGGGUGGGGAGAGACCGGAGGAGGUGGCAGCAUCGGCCUCGGAGGUUCACGUUGUGGCGAACCAGCUGGAACCAGAGACCUCUGGAAAACACGGGAUUUUUCCGAGGGGGUCUGUCAUGGAUUUCUUUUCAAGUUUUAUUUUUUUUUUUUUUUCCCCCUCCUGUUUCUUCUGUUUGGCUGUCGGGGGGGAGGAAAGCUGCAGUGUCCUUAAUUUCUUCCUAGGUGGCCUUUUUUGCUGGAGGAUCGGAAGUGCCUGGGGACUUUUUUUUGGGGGGGGAGGAGGGGGGAAGUGGGGCGACCGCUGGACCCCGAGCACCAAUCACCGUGAGGCCACCACAAGCCCCUUCCCCACCUUCCCCCGUAGAGCUGCUGCACGUUAUUGCUGGGGCCGCCCCACCGUGUCCCUCUGGUGAUCCCGGCGCCCUCGGGGCGCGAGCGGCCGCGCCGGCGGCGAUGAACCCGCCGAUCUCUCCUCUUGCUCCGCGGUUUGUCCCCGUCCCCCCGGCCGGUGGCGGGCGAGGGGCGUCUCUGGUUUUGCACUUUAGUCGUGGAAAUGUCCCGUUAAGAUGCACCUUGGUUUUUUUGUUCCCUUUCGGUCCCGUUGGGCCCGAGCCCUCGGGGCGGCGGAGGGGGAAGGAGGCACCGCGCUGAUGUAGUUUUGUUUCUGCUUUCCCUAAGGAUGUUUCUUGGCUGGAGAAGUCCUCGGUCGCGGCACGGCCGCGCUCGGGAGAGUCGGGACGUUACCAGGCGCCGUCAGUCGAUCCCAGCGGCAGAGUGAAAGGGCCCCACGGAGACCCCCGGCUCUGGGGGGAGGCAGGUGGCACCCCUAGGCGCUGCAGCACAAGGGGACACCCCGAAAUGGGGACACCCCGAAAUGGGGACACCCUGAAGCGGCAGCACGUCUGCAGAGGGCAGCACCGCCUGGCCGAUGGGGCCGUGCUCCGCAGCCGGCGCUUGCCUGGCCUUGGACGGGUCCCGUCGCUCCCAGCGCCUGGCAGCACCCUGCUCUGCCCGCGGGGUGUCGGGGCCAGGCUUCCCAGCCCCCGCCGGAGGGUCCUGCUUGCAAGGUGGGGGGCUCUGGGGAGCCCCCAGGGCUGUGGGUCAGCGUAGGACCCCCCUUGCUCCCGGGGCUGUGAGGCGGAGGGACCCGUCUGGUAUGAAGCCCCCUGCCCCGGGGGCAGAGCCCCCAGGUACACACCCCCCACCACCGCAGGGCAGCCCCCUAGGGCAGCCCUGCCUUCCCUCCCGGCACGGCAGAGACGGUGCCGCCAUGUCGUGCCACAGCACGGGCAAAGGUUGUGUCUUCUCUUGGGCUGGGGUCCAGCUGGCGGAGCCCCCCGAAUCAGUGACUUGUAUUUAAGCAGGGAGCGGAGCUUGUGGCGCUGGGGACCCCGUUCCCCGCUGGGCACCCCAACCCUGCCCAGACAAUGCUGGCAGCCCCACGUCUCCCCCCACCAUCUUCUGGCCAAAACCCUGGACCAAAUGGGGACACUGCAGCUUUUCUCUUUCUUUUUCUUCUUCUGCUUCUCUGAUGUUUUUUUCUUUUUUUUUUUUUUUUUGCUUUGAGAAAGCUCCGCCAUUGCAUUUAAAUAACAAUCAUGGUAACAGAACUCAACUGCUGAUUUACCGAUGUAUUUAAUGUAAGUAAACCAAACCAAACAACGAAAAAAAAAAAUGGAAGGAAAAACA